AUGAAAAAUUAUAAAAAAAAUACUCAAAAAAAUAUUGUUGACGUAUCAAAAAAAGAUAAAGGAAUUAUUUCUAGGAAUGUAAGCUUAAGAAGAAGCUGGAGUGCAAUAAGGAAACAAAAGAGGGAUAUUGAACAAAUGGUUACUUUAAGUGAAGCCCAUUUGAUUAUUCGUUUAUGUGCUGGGGAAGUUUUAUCACGAGGAUUGGGUGAAGAGAAUUUAUUCUCACCUGUGGAAAAUGAGGAUAACCCUGAUGAGGUCAGGUACCUUAUCAAUUGCCAUCUACGUGAUAAUAAGACUGAAUUCGAAGACGAACUUAAAUUUCAAGAUAUUCGUAAUGUAGUCUCCGGCAUUAGGUGGACGCUUAGAAAAUGUGUCACUAGUGUCGUAUCAUAUAAGAAUUAUGAAAAUUUUGUUCGUCUUGAAAGUGAAUUACAAUAUGAUGCACGUAAAGGCAUAUUCAAUCAAUUUAUAUCUAAUCUCUCAAAACCAGCCCAAUCAAUUCUACUGGAAUUAUUUGAACUAUUUUCACAAGUUAUGACACAAUCCCAUAUAAAUAAAAUCCCUCCUCAAAGAGUAAUCAAAUCAAUAGCUCAUUAUAUUAUUGGUGAUAAAGAACUUAAAUUCGAGAAUUUUAAUGCUGCUUAUACAAAAUGGUUAAGAUGUUCUAAUGCAUGUACUCAUUUAUUUCUCGCUUAUUUAAGAGAAAGAGCUUGUUCUGCUAGUCUUCCACCUCGUUUAAAUAUUUUAUUAGAUAGUUACGUACAAUUUCGUAAAAAAUCAAGGCAAUCUCCUGAUUAUCAACAUCCAUUAGCUGAUAUUACUAUUGGUGAUUUACAAUUAGUUAUUAGACCGAAAAAACGUCGUCAAAAGAAUAAUAAUAUUAUAUCAUCACAAAUUAAUCCUAUUAGAAAUAGUGGUUUAUCUCGACAAUUUGAUCCAACAAGAAAUAGUGGAUUAUCUCGACAAUUUGAUCCAACAAGAAAUAAUAAUAAUAUUAUUAAUCGACAAAUUGAUUCUAUAACAAAUAAUAAUAAUAAUAAUGAAAGACAAUCAACUUUAUUAAAUAAUAGACAAUCUAGUUCUACUGCUAUUAAUAAUAGACAAUCUAGUUCUACUGCUAUUAAUAAUAGGCAAACUAGUUCUAUAUUAUUAAAAUCAAUGUUAAAAAAUGAACCUCAUGAAAGUAUUAUUUCUAGAGGUUCAUUAACAAUUGCUGAAAUGUUUCCAGAUAUUGCUGAAUCGUUAAGUACAUUAAGAAGAAAAACUGCUUAUCAAAAUUUGGAAAAUAUUAUAGAAGAUCAACAAAUUGCCACACAAAAUUGGGAUGAAUUACAAAUUAAAGGAUUUAAUGUACUUUCUGAAGAAACUUUAAAAUUAUUCUUCUCUUAUGAUGAUAGAAGUUCAAAUCCUGGUGCUAGUAUAGUACGUAGACGUAGUAGAAAAUUUAAUAAGAAAACUUUUGAUGAAAAAUUUUUAGAAAUGAUUCCAAAUAUUGAAAUUGAUAAUGAAACAUUAAGAGAUAGCUUUUUUCAAACUGGUGGAAAUAAUUCUAAUGUAUCUAUAAGAGCAACCGUUUUUUGGGAUGAAUUUGAAAAGAAAGGUUUUAGAGAUUCUAUAGAUACUAAUUCAAAUCUUUUUAGACUUAGUUCUACCUUGGGACAAUCAACAAGUUCUAUACCUACUUCCAUAGGAUCUAGUUCCGAGUUCCCCAAUUCCGAGAUAUUUAAUCUUGAAGUAACCAGUAUUGAAGUCGCAAAUACUGAAGUAAAUAAUACUGAAGUAAAUAAUACUGAAGUAACUAGUAUUAAAGUAGCAAAUACUGAAGUAAAUAAUACUAAAGUAGCAAAUACUGAAGUAAAUAAUACUAAAGUAACAAAUACUGAAGUUGAAAAUACUGAAGUAGAAAAUACUGAAAUAGCAAUUUCUGAUAUCAAUAAACCACGAUCUUUACACCGAGAAAUACAAACUCAACCCCGAAAAAGAAUUCAACCUAAAAACCGACAAGAAAUACGUAAAAAUAAGUUUUUUAGAAAGACUUUUUGCUUUUUAUGUAUACGACCGGGUUCGACAGUAUCUGGAUUUUCUGUUACAUUAGAAAGUUCAGAAGAAGAACAAGAUGCUUCAAAAGAAUUUCCUUUAAAUUCUCAAGUGACUAUUGAACCUAUUAACAAUAAUUUCCCAUACAUGUGGGUCGAAUCUAAUGUUAAUGAGAGAAAUGAAAAGGAACCAUGGGAAUGGGUCUUUGUUGAACCUCGAGAUGAGAGGCAUGAAGCUGAAUGGAUAGUAUUUGAAGACAAAUCAAAAUUCCUUGCAGAACGAGAAAAGGAAUCUGUAAAACGUAAAACACGUAAAAGGUCUAUUCUAAAAGUAAUUAGUGAAAAUUUGCCAUGGUCAAAAUCUAAUCAUAAUGGUGAAGGUUCGGCUCUAAUAUCACAUGACGAAUAUUAUCCUCAAGAUAUUUAUGAUGAUUAUAUAGAAGAUGAAGAUACUAUACUUCCUUAUUCAAAACCAAACGAUGAUAUAUUCACAUAUGAUGAGCCACCUUCACCAAAUAUUAAUAACAUUUUUUUCAUAGGUAAUAAUUCCACUUCAUCUUUAGCAUAUAAUCAAGAACAAUAUCAUGAACAAUCAUAUGUAUUAGCUAGUAGAAGAAUUUUACAACAAACACCAUAUUCACAAUAUAAUAAUUAUCAUACUUAA